AUGGAUACUGCUCCAUUAUUUCCUGAAGAUCUGGUAGAGGAAUAUCUUAAGGAGAUAUUCCUCAAGUAUCGUCGUCUGCAGCGACGUCCAGAGCCGUGGGGUCAGAAAUCCACGGUGGAUCCCGCCGAGCAGUCCAAGCGAGCCAUGGAGGCAUUUGUUGCGCAUCGUACGCUUAAGCGGCAGAAGGUCAAUCAGGAGUAUGACCUGGAAGAAGCUUACCAAGAAAGCUCUGAACUGCUGGAUAUUUUGGAGUCCCGGGAGCGAGAAGUUGCGGCAAGAGAUGCGGAAAUCGCGCGACUUCGGCAGCAAAUUGAGCUGCUGCAACAGUGUCAACCAAAUCCGGAUGAUCAGUUGAACUGGCCGAUGAUGGUGAUUGUCCAGAAGAUAACGGCCUAUGUUUUCGCUGCGCACGAUGGUGGGAAGGAUCCCACUAGACUCAUGCUGCCGGAUCAGCCUCGUCAUGCCAUUAGAACUCCCAAUUACUGGGAGUUUCUUUCCUAUGUCUUCAGUUUCCAGUCCCUAUUAUGCGGACCUUUCUGUUUUUACGAUGAAUACAUGGACUUCAUCGAGGGUAAUAGUAUUGAGCCUAGUUCGUACAAGAAAACGGAGGAUGCCGUCAAGAAAGUGCCGACCUUGUCGGAAGGCAGCAAAGCCAGUCAGUCCACGGAGCAGGUGACGGAAGCCGAGAUGCUGCCCCCGCCUCAGUACCAUCCAUCCCCAUUGUGGCCGGAUAGGGUAUACUUUAUCUUUUUCUAUGUUGACAAAGAAAGUGCUGGCUGCAGUUUCGUCUGCUAUUUGCACAUCAUGCUCGUGCCGGGUGUGCCUUUGGAUUUGUUGACUGAGGAAAGCAGUUUGAGUAAAUUGACUGUGAUCCAGUUGAUGUUUUAUCUGCUCAUCGGGACUACCUUUGUCAGAUUCAAGUAUUAUGUGGGGUGGCUGCUUUCGGAUGCCGUGGUCAAUGCUUCCGGCUUGGGUUUUAAUGGAUACGACGAGCUGGGGAAACCCAAGUUUGAUUUGGUUAGCAAUGUGGGUAUCAUCGAGUUUGAGUUCAACCAGAAUAUGCGCAGUGCGUUGACCGCAUGGAACAGUUGUACUGCCCGCUGGUUACGAUAUGUCGCCUACGAUCGGGCCCGUUUCCUGCCUAUGAUGGCAACCUACACGUUGUCCGCGUUUUGUUUAGGUUUCUAUCCGGGAUACUAUGUUACCUUCAUUUCCGCAGCGCUGUUCACGGAAGCGGCCAGAUGGGCUCGCCGAUUCUUUCGUCCACCCUUUCAGAAAUGGAAAAACUCUCGUGUUGUGUAUGAUUUUAUGACUUUCCUAACGAUACGCCUCUGCUUAACCUAUGUUACGUUCCCUUUCGUGCUCUUGGAAUUCAGAUAUUCUUGGAUCAUUUACAAAGCCCUGUAUUUUCAUUUUCACGUCCUGGCGCUUCUGGCGGUGUUCGUACUGCCGUUUUUCCUCAAAUCGGAUCGAAAACCGGUUAAAGAUUUGGGAUCCCAAAAGAAAGUAGACGGCGACGCUCCGAAAUCACCCAGCUCAGUCCGGGUGAAACCCGAGCAAAGGGACGAAGGAGUGCGACACAGGAAUAUGUCGCCGGCCUGA